UGCAACUGUGAUGGAAAUGUCAGUAUCAUUAGAAGAUCGUAAAAGAAAUUACGUUUUACAUCACUCAAAUCAAUAUGAAGGAUCGUUAACAGAAAUUAGGGCCCCUAGGAUAGAAAGGGAUCUAGAAGAUGACUAUCCUCACGACUACCAGCUAGGCAACCCCGAUUACGUGCACGGGCGAACCGAUAGUUGGUCGUCCAGGAUUCUGACCGAGCCUGGCGCCGACUACCCCGAAGAGACGCCCAGAAAACGAGUCAGAAUACGCGUACCCGUGGUCAGAAAGAACGGACGACAGCACAAACUGACUGUUGUUAGACGCCGACCCCUGGCACCCAGGACCGAAGAGCCUCCUUCGUUAACGGUAGCCAGUCACACGCCACGAAGAAUCGUGGUGACUCGAGUUAGGACUCUGGGUUUGGCCAACUCGAUACAGAGCGAUUUGGAGCCUGAAAGUUUCCGCCCAGAGAUUGGACGUCAUAAAGUCACCAUAACCAGAAGAAGAAAACUCGAGUCUGUCACGCCAACGACCACCGAGAAGAAGGCUAGAAUCACCAGGAAGAAGCUGGUCGCUGUCAGACCCGUUCAACCGACGCCCAGUUUCGCUAUCAUCACCACCGGCUUCUUCACCGCGUCCUCCGAGUACGAUGAAGAGUACACCGAAGAGGAAGACGACGAGGAAGAGAAGCAAGAUGUCACUUCCACCGUCACUCCGGAGCUGAAGGAACCGCCUAACGUUAUCGACAGCAAACCCGAAGAGUUAGAGACUGAAGAUAAGGUGGAGGACACUACGGUGAAGGUAGUCGAAGAAACAACCACGGAUGAACCGGUGAUUAUUACUGAUAACUUCUUCUUCCCACCGUCUGAUGAUGAGUAUGAGUACGAAGAGUACUCGGAUACGACUGAAAGUGGAAAGAUUCCUUCAACAACGUCGAAGCCUGAAGAGAUUUCAGAUAAAGUUACAGAAGCUGAAAGAGGAAAAACUACGACGGAGAGUGUUGAAACUGAUAAGUCUGAAGAGACGACCAUGAAGGCGAUUGAGUCGGUUACAUCGGAGAAGGAUAAGGUUGAAGAUGAAGCUCCGACCACUAAGUAUCCUGAAUAUGAGGAAGAAGAAGAAAAAGAAGAAGAGAAAGAAGAAGACAAACAAGAAGAAAAAGAAGAAGAAAAACAAGAAGAAAAAGAAGAAGAAAAACAGGAAGAAAAAGAAGAAGAAGAGCAUACAACAGUUGAGUCAGUGGAAACAACCAGCGCAGACGUUUCUGAAGAACAAUUUGAGACAACUACAUCCACUGACGAGGAAACAACAACUGUUGAAGAAGAAGAAUCUCACAGUACUGACUACCCAGAAUCAGAAACUGAAGCUCAAACUGAAUCGUACAGUGAAGAAUCAACCGAAGAAGACACUCAGCCUGAAACUACAACAAUUUCAACCGAAGAAGACAUUUCAACUACUGAAGCUUCCCAGGAAAAAGAAACAGACGCACCAACUGAGUCUGAAGGUACAUUGGAAGAACCUGAGGACUCCAAUAAGAAGGUUGAGUCUAGUGUAACUCAGACUGAGUCUAAUAGCAAAGAAUCUCCUGAGCUUGAACCUAAAGUUACAGUAACUCAAUCUGAAAGUUCGUCGAAGGAACUUGAAGAUUCGAAGACAUCUGAAGUUACUACGUCCUCAGGAGAUUUGAUAACUCAGAAGGAUUCAGAGCGUUCCAUGAAGAAGAUCGAACCUCAAACACAGACUGAAAUCAAGACUUCGAAACACCCUGAACACACUGAAAUCUCCAGUGUGAAUACUCCAGUUCCGGAGUUAGAAGAGAAGGAAGGAGCGUUAACGGUGCAACCGAUAGAAACCUCUUCACUCUCUUCCUCCACAUUCGCUAGCGUUCUGCCUCUGGAGACGUCCCGCUCGACGUCCCACGAAUCCUCCGCCUCGUUCGAGGACACCGAAAUACCCAGCGUGAUCCCCCUGGAGGUCGAUUACACCUCUCCAGAGACGCAGAGGACCUCCAUGGUCCUCGAAGUCACUCCCAGCCUCGAGUCGAAGGUGACGACAUCGAUCACGUCGCCGACGCCCGAGGACAUCGAGGCUGGCUUAGCCGACGACCUAUAUCUGUCCCUGUCGAGGCCGGACUUCCCCGAGAUUUUACCCUCGAAACCGAUCGCCGACGUGCACGAAACGAUUUCCACGCCCGACCUUGAACCCAGCACGAGCGUUUACUAUACCGAGACGAUCGUGACGUCGACACGCAUGAGAACGUACACGUACGUGGUGACGCAACUGAACGGACUGGAGACGAAAGUGACAUCCUCGACGACCGUCAGACCCAGAGUGACGACCCUUACGUUGACGGUGCCCGUCACGGUGACUGUCACUCCUACCGUGGAGACAACGAAACCCGCGUCGUCUGUGUAUAGUCCAGUUCCUGUUGCUGGAGAAUACGAAGCGAAAGAUGAGGAAGGCCGAAGGUUCAACUUAGCUACUCGCGUGAUGUCGAAUGGAGUCGAGGUGAUCGUUGCCGGUCCAACGCCGGCAUUACGAUGGGAGAAUUCUAUACCUCAACCUACGCUGACAUUGUCCGACACGGUUGUCAUGAUGCUUCCUCAAGAUAAGCCCAAUGAAUUUGUCACCAAGACGUGUACCACCACGUUCACGUAUCUGACUACGAUCACCAAGGACGGCACAACUACCGUUUCCACGGAACAACAGGUGAUAGCCAACACAGCGACGGAAGAACGUCACAGGAAACCAGGUUCAGAGACCGCAGCAGUAACCCUAGACGCGUCGCCGACUCUCCGGACGGAGGUGUUCAAGACGACCUACACCUACUUAACUCUGAACACCGAUCACUCGAACGUAAACGAUGCUCUAGAGAGCAGCACGAAGGUGAUAACGAACACGGUAACCGCUCCUCAGCAUUAUCUUCACAUGAUCCUCGAGCCAUCCGAAGCACCGCGACCGGAAACGAACACGUAUCUCAGUACCAGGAUGUUGGAGAAGACUUUCAUGGAGGAUGGACGAACCAGAAUCGAAACUACCAGUGACACUGUUACUCAGCUGAUAGUCACAGAAUCUGCACCACCACCCCGACCAACCAGCGUGACCACCACGUUAACAGCUCUGGACAGCACGGAGGAGAGCAUGACCGACGUGAUGAAGACUUAUUAUAUCACCUAUACAUACUAUAACACCUUCCUAGAGAAAGGCAGCACCGUAGUUCGAACGAACGUUGCGACAUCGACCGAUUUGGUGCUGGAGAAAGUGCCUGUCAAGAAGACGACCACGAAGACCACCCUGGUCAACCCUACUCCGGAACCGAUCCAAAUUUUUGCCACGAAAACCUAUUUGACGACGUUCACUUACUUCACCACGCUACUUCAGGCUGGACCAGAUGGAGAAACCUCGACAACGGUCUCCUCCAGGUCCCACAUCGUAGAAAACGUAGUCACCGAAUCGAUAGCACCAAGCUUGUUGGACGCUGGCUACAUGAACGCUUUGCUGACCACCGCACACCACUCUGAUCCAGUGAAAAACGUCGUUACAGGAUCGACCAUUAUUUUCUUCGAUGAAGAGGAUCAAAUAGAUCCUACCACAACCAGCAGUUUCCUGGAAGCAACCUCUUCAAUCGAAACCCAAAACGAUGAAGCGGUCUCAGCAAGUUUGGUGUCCACGGAAGCGUCCUCUGUUGUCAGCGAAUCGAAUUUGAAGCCCUCUGAACAGAUCAGUCAGGAGCAAAAUGUGACAUCCUCCGGAGAGACCAUCCAAAACAAGAAGCCAGCUAAUGAGAAUAACAGCGAUCUCCAAGUGAGCAACCUGCUCAGUCUCGGAUCUUUAGGAAUCAAUAGUUUGUCCGCCCUGGGGCCGGUUAUCACCGCGAUGGCGGGUUUGCUUCAAGGAAAGACGUCGGCAACCCGGAGAAACGACACUAUACCGCAAGCGGAAGUUCAGGAAGUAACGACUCAGAGGUCGCCGAUUUACAUUCCUGUGGCCGAGUUCGCCGAUGGCGAUAUAGAGGCUGCUGAAAGCCAGAAUAUUGGUACUCAUCUGGCGAACCUAAACCACAAUUACAUCGAGACUCGUCAUAAAGUGGCCUCCAGCCUAGCAGACGGUAUUCCGAUCUCUCCAGGAGAAGUGAUCACAGCAAACAGCGACGUGAUCAUCGGCAAACCCGGAAAAAUGGCGCCCAGACCACCCCAGACGUUCUUAGAGGACGAAGAGCACAUCGGUAUGAAGCCACCGCCAUUGCCAGUACCAAAUAUACCGGUACACCCGGUUCUGGAAGUUCUGGAGAACGAUCGAGACGAUUCUAAGCCGCAACAAACUCUUCAGGGUCACAAGGGACCUCAGAUACAGAUAUAUCCAGCUCAUCAAGUAUACGAGGAGCAUUUGAAGAUACCUGUGUCGAUGCCUAUUGACACGAAUCAGGGUUUGAUACCUAAACAGCCUCAGAAGUUGCAUACUAUUCAGUCGCCGCCUAAGAGGAUGGGUUCGAAACAGGAUGUUAUGGAAAAUGAUCCUUUGUUGAAACCUCCGGAUAGACCUAACGUUGAGCAGUACGCUAAUCCGAACUUGAAGCUGAACGAGCCUGAGUGGAGUCCGGAGAAGCCGAGGAGACCUUGGAGCGCUAAGGAUCCUUUGAAACUGUCUCCACCACAUCCUCAAUUCGAUCAGAAGAUCGACUCGGUAAAGCCACCGCUAGAGAAACCAUGGCCCACACUUCUCUCCGAGGACCAGAAACGACCACCAUGGGCCCAGAGGGAUCCUCUGCUCCCCGACACCUCCAUCGUCAUUCAAAGUUCCGAACCCAAACCCAAACCCGCGGAGCCAAUAGUUCAUCAGGUACCACACGUGAUCGACAGAUCAACUGGACAACCAUUGCUGGUCAACAUUCAACCCAGCCAGGUGGCCAAUGUGGUGAUUCCUCAGGGUGGGACUCAAGCUUUGAUAUUCGGUGACACGAGUGAACCACAUAUCAGUGGACAAUACUUCGACGAUCCAUCUCCGUAUCCUGAGUCGGAAGUUGGAUUGGGUUUCGUUGGAAUUCAAAGGGUGGAGGACCUGCCGCAGUAUUCCAACGGAAAGGACCCAGCAGACUACAUGGUCCCACCAUCGCCACCUCUGAACUUCAAGCCCCAGCUCGACAAGCACCCUUCGCACAACCGUCCAGUGAUCCCACUGUCACCAGGUCGUUUCGAGUACGACAGACCGCAGGACAAGUUAGAAGCUCCAGGAAGACCCGAGAAAAAGCCAUCGGACGUGCACCUGAUCAAACACGACGGUUCAGGUACCCUAAGUGGUCAAGGACACGUGCACACGGAGAUCCUGGUGCACCACAGGCCGGAAACGGUGAACAUUCGUCCACAGGGUGUACCACACCCGUCUCACGUUCUGUCCAACAAUCAUUUACCACCGAGAGGUCAAUAUCCGAAGCUACCGAAGCCUGCAGACCCAAAUACUCCACCGAGGAGGACGGAGAUGUCUGGUUCAUCGGAUAAUGCUCAUCGAUAUAUUCUGUUGGCGAAGCCGGACUCUGGGAAUGAAAUACUUUUGAAUACCAAUUGGAAGGACAAGAAACCGCCGAGGAUUUUGGUGAAUAAUAGAAUGAGACCGCGUCCUCCUCUGAGGACUACUACUGGUCGUCCUUUGGAUAGACCUGUAUAUGUUGAGAGGCCUAACGUGAGGAAGCCUGUGUAUAGCGGGUCGCAGAGACCCCCGGUGAAGAACCAGAAUACAUUUGUGCUGCCUCAUAGACCACCGACGAAUCCGCAGAUUCAUCAUGAACCACCUAGGAUGACGACGUCGAAGCCGGACGUGAAGGAGGUGACUGAGAGGCAACCUUCGUUUGGAUCUCGUCCUCAGCACGUAGACGUCCAAGACAGACCACUGCACUUCUACCCUGAGAACAAACGACCUAACGUGGUUCCAGUGAGACCUCAAACGGAAGAGCAUCUACCAACAGGAGCGAUAGAGUACCACAAUCCCUCCAAACCCAAGACAAAACCAGAACCCACAAAACCAGUGAACAGUCAGCAUCAGACCUUUGAUCAGCCGCCCAAUCAAGGACAGCCAGAGUGGCAGAGUGGCAGUCAGACUGAAAAGACCUUGGAUUCCGAAGGUGAAGCCUCGGAGCAGGUGAAAUACCACAAUCCAACAAAGGAGGUUCAAAAGGAGAAACCGAACGAGGAGGCAGUUAGUCAAAGUAAUUCAACUAAGAACACAUAUACAGGAUCGAAACAGGUGGAUCAUCAAAACCAGAAACCUGCGUGGUUGAAUCAGGGAGCGCCUUUUACCCACAAAAAUGUUCCUACGUCAACCCAAGUACCGUACGGACCGAAUUAUUACAAUACCAAGCUUCAGGAGAUGCCGAUAGUGCAAGGAAAGCCAUUUGGGGUUUACAGUGGCCAUGAGGACGCAAUGACUUACGGCUACAAGUUGAAGGAGGGAAAACCUGACUACGAGAUAGUGCAGGGUGUACCCUCGACGUAUUACGGUACCCAGAAGCCACCGGGUCACAAGAAGCAGCGAGGUGAACACACGUCCACUCCACAGCCCCAUGAACGGGAUGACACCAUAGAUCUGAAGCCACCAGCCAUCAUCCCUCAGUUCAUGCCCGACUCCGACAAACCUGGCAGACUUUAUCCCAGACCGAGUAAACCGGAAACUAGACCCGUUUCGUACCCUAGACCGAAGGUCCCUCAGGAAGCUAGGCCAGAUCAGAGGAUUGAAGACAAGCCAGGUCUGGAGUCCUCCACGAACGAGACUCAGGGUAGCAAGGUGAACCAGAGCCACCUGCAGUUGGGUGGAUUCGUAGAUCUGAACUGGGACAGUGGUGUGAAGGUUUCGGAGACUCAGAGUAACAGGAAUGAGACGAAAACUCAGUUGAGGAACAGUACGACUCCCUAUCCUGAAGAGCAGUUCCCCCAGUCGGACAUGGGGAUUCCAGAGAACAGUCGACCUACGGUGACCCAACCGGACUAUGGACAGGGAACAAGGAUCCAUCCUGAGUACCCUCACAUCAUCACCAAACCCAAGCCUCAGGUACCCGGACCGAUUACCAUCUCUUCUGGCAAGCCUGAAAGACCUAACAUAAGGUUCUCCAUGCCCGUGGAGGCGAUGGGCGAGGAAGUGGACAGUAAGACCCAGACUGAAAGACCACCCAGCAUGCUGAUCACGAAGAGUGACACUGACACGAAGAACGAUGAGUCUCUCGAAACGUCCUAUCAGACUAACUUCGCGUUGUCAGACGCGAAUCAAGGAGACUCUAACAUUAGGAUUCGUCCUGCUGAAACGUCUACCGACAUGUUGAGCAGCAUGGAGGGAAUGAGUGUGCCUUCUAGAGAUAUGAUGCCACCACCCCUGAGGCCUAUUGGCUCGAAUCCGUCGAAGAACGAGGAAGAGGGUUUGAAACCACCACCCAUACCUUCGCGAGAUGUCGUCGGUUUGUCACCACCUCCUGUUGAUAUUACCACAACUAGCAGACCUACGGAGGAUAGGUUCUCGUUUGGAGUCGCGAACGAGUCUGGUUUGAAGCCUCCGCCUAAGUAUAUUCCUCUGAAGGAGUCAACUGUGGCGCCUCUACCUAGUGUUAGCAUGGUUCCACCUAGUCCCAGACCGUCUGUUGCUAGACCCUUCAUCGUGGAACUACUGUCUCAGGACAUGGUACCACCACCCCCAGCAACACAGACCACCAGACCCCUCGAAAUUGCCACAGUCAGACCCGCAGUUGCAGUUUCUGGAUCCAUUCAGAUUGCAACAGCAGUGGCAACUUCGCACAUCCCAGUGGUCCAGGACAUGGAAUCGAAGAUUCCGAUCAUACACGGCACAGUCGAUUUACCAGUCGUCGUGGAUGUGCCAGAGAUCCUCAGACCGGUUGAGACUAGGAUGACGGAGCACGUCAGCAUCUACACCGUGAGACCCUUUGACACCAGGCCAGUGUCCAGAAUAUCGGUACAACCAACUGCCAUGCUGUCCUCGAACAUGGUGAUCCCAACGAAGUUGAGGCCACUGCAGGUGAAUCACAUUCAACCUAGCAGAUCUUCAUCGACGAGUCGAGAGGUUGAACCAACUAGGUCGCAGACCUUUGAGAUUCCUAGAAAUCCAGUGAAACGUCCGGAGCAUCCAGUCUUCCUGGAGUCUAGUUACGAUAAUAUUUUACCGUCGACCAAGGUGGAACCCACGGAAAGUCUGACUCAUGUAGUCACCUCUCAGAAGAAGGAGCCUCGUCCUACGAUGACGAAGGACGAGAAAACGAAACUGGUUGUAGCAUCCACAACGGAACGGAAGAAGUUAAACGAGACUAGUGUGAAGAAUUCACCCACUGUGGUGGUUAGAACUGACAGUUCGAUCGUGAAAGUAACUGGAACAUUGUUGGGGAACAGUGAGAGGACAAAUGGAUCGAUAAUCAAGAUGACGAAGAGCAGUGUCAGUAGCACUGUGCGUAAAGCUGCUAAUGCCUCUACCACUAUGCGCACGAAACCGAAAGAGGUUACCCGAUUCCAGACAUCUACAGUGACUAGAACGGAAACAUCGGUCCUAGGUUCACCACCGACCACACGAACUCUUCUUCUCACGCAUACAAUGACAUCUACUACUGUGGAGACCGUAACGGAAACACUGUUACGUCCAACAAGCUUGAUUUCUACGGUCACGUCGACCAUUCUGCAGUCCGUUGUUACCAGGAUACCUUCGUCGUACGAGAAUGUGGUUGAUAAUGAUUCUAUCUUUGUGGUGAUGAGUGAUCAGAAGCCUCCUGCGCCUGGAGCUGAAGAGGUGGAAGCAGAAUACGGUGACGACAUAUCAAGAGACGAACAAGACCCCGUCGGAAACGAGGUGCACAGAGUCCUUGCAGGAGGUGUUCUCGGCGCACCUGUGGUGUCCCUUCAGCCCAUAUCCAACCAAUGCGCACCCGAAUGCAGAGCCUCCAGGGCCGAGAUGUGCAUAGAAGUUGGAACCGAAAUGAGAUGUAUUUGUCGACCAGGUUUCGCGAGGAUGUUCCCUGAUCGACCUUGCAAACCUACAUAUACCUAUACAUUACGAGUCGGUCUCGAUCGCAUUGGUCACGAGCCGAUUAACUACGAAGCCAGCGUCAAUGACUCCACUGCCUAUAGAAGACUAUUAGGGCCAAUCAAAGACGCUCUCGAUCGAACUCUGAUGCAGAGCGACUUGAGGGAUAUUUAUAGGGGAUUGAAUAUAGCUGGUUUGACUCCGGACCCUACGAAAGUGCAAUUCCAUGUUCAGCUCAGUGAUAAUGCUAAUGAGACCAGGUUGAAGGAGGUCCUUCGGAAGUAUUUGAUCAGCAGUAAUUACAGUUUGGGAGGCACGGAGGUGUAUGCAUCGAAGAACCUUGAUGUGAUCGAUGCAGUCGACUUUGACGAAUGCUCAACAGAAGAGGGAGGACCAUACCACGAUUGCUCUGCAAACGCAGCCUGCUUCAAUCUCCGUGGCUCGUACCAGUGCUCCUGCAAAGAGGGAUGGGCCGAUCUAUCAGAGAAUCCUAUGUACCCAGGAAGAGUUUGCUCUCAGGCUCCUUUGGGAUGUCCCAGCUGCAACAACAAAGGACACUGUGUCACCAACACGAAUGGUCAAGAAGUGUGCGAGUGCUUCCCUUGGCACAGUGGUCAACGUUGUCAAGUUAACCUCAAAGUGUUACUGAUAGCGCUGGUUACGACCGGUGCAAUACUGCUGGGCCUGCUGGCAGUUUGUGUGGGCAUGGCGUGUUUCCGUCAGCCAAACCGAAGACGAAGAACAGGCGACCGAAGGGCGAUGAUUCCUGGAACUGGAGGAGACACCAGUAGCGAGGGCAGCGUUACGGAUCUGGCGAUCCCUCACCAUGUGCCCCAUGUUCUACCCCCGCCUCCGCAGAUGAUUGCACCCUUGCCGCCAUCAAAGAGACCUGCUCGCAAGAUCAGUGGUAAACCGAGACAUCCGCCGAGGAAGGCUACUAUGGUUCCUGCUUCAGCAGUGCCAGUAAGCGACGAACAACGAGACCGUUCCUUAACAGUGAUGAUCCCACGUGCGAAAUAUCGAUCAGCCCCACAAUCACCUCAGAACUACAAGUCCGGCAUGAGCACCUUCUCCACAGAAGAGCAUAAGCUGCUCAAUUACCUCGACAGCGGCACGCACAACACCGGAAACCGGAAGCAAAGCGUCUCCAGCCAGAAGGACUGCAAGGAAGCUGAAGUGCAGGUGAUCAGGGCACCAGCUGCGCCAACUGGAGCUCUCGUUAGCGCUGGUUUCCAGGUGUCAGCCACCGUGACGCGAACAAUGGACGCCGACUCGACAUUAGCCAGAUCCUGCGGAGAGACCACAGUGGAAACAGCAACGAAAGUGUUGAGAACCGCUGAUCUUCAAGGUGAUCUGUGCUCGACGUUGGCUCGAUCCUGCGGAGAGACGACCAUCCAAGCACCGACGAAGCUGCUGAGGCUCGACUUAGGCGAGGCUGGCUCCACGCUGGCCAGGUCUUGCGGGGAAACUACCAUUCAACCUCCUACCAAGGUCGCGGAUGCCAGAAGAAACAGUGUGAAGGAUUCUAGAGACAACAGAGACACCAGAGACAGUGCCAGCGAAGGGCACACGAUGGCCGAGAGGGAUUUGGGCAGCACGCUUCGACUUCCGGCCCAGCAUCCGCCUCUUUAUAGCCCGGACAGGACCAGCGAUCGAGAAUCGAACUUCGACUCUCUCUAGGCAUCGAAGAUCGUGCGAUUAAACCGAAAUAAAAGGAAACGAUCCAGUCGACGGAUUGAUCGUGGACGAGACCGCUGGACGGUAAUCUCCACAUGUUCAGAGAUCGAUUAAUAAAAGAGGAAACGAGUCCCUCCAUCGACGCAAUCGAUUCAAAUAUUCUCGAAACGAUUGCCGGUAUCGAGACGAACGAAUCAGGGAGAGCUUUAAUCGUCUAUCUCGUUAAAUUAAACCCGAUUAUUUAUUGACAGGAAAGCGUCUCGAAGUAAAAGGAAAUUUUUUUCUCGACAUUGACAAACGUUCGAUGGGACCCAAAAUAAGUGGAGAAAGAAAUUUUUAUUUUAAAGAAAGUACACGAAAUUCACGUUGUGAGCAACGCUUUCCUCUAUUUAUUUAUGGACGUUGAUUCAGUGCUUAGAUUACGCGGUUCGAUCGCGACAGGCGCUCUCUUUGCCGUCGACGGAAAUUUUUGAUCUUUAAGGACUUUUUUUAUAUCGCAAAGAAGCUCAGAUUCAAAGAGACGCGCUGGUUACUUAUCCCCGUGCCAAAAUACAACCAAUGAAAGAGAAAGCUACAGCUUUCCGACUGUCGUUUUCACGUUUUUAUUUUCUUCUUCUUCUUUGUUCUUUUUGUUUCUUGGAGCGGACUCGAAACGUUGUUCAGAUAUUUUAUGAGUGUUUUUUUCUUGUACUUCGUCGAUGAACAUUUUGCAAAAUGUAUCUAAUACUAUGUUUUGAUUUUAUCCUAACCUAAACUGUCGUAUAAUAAAGAGGAUAAAAAUAUAAUUAAUUAAAAUUGAUUGAAUU